UUUCGUUUCCUACACACAUAAAGAACCCCUUGUACAACACGGCUGACAGGGACUGCAGUAUGUACCUGUCAAGUGUCUAAAAUUGGAAACGUUAAACAGUACACAGUCAGAACUUCAAUGGAUUAAUAUGGAAAAUACAGUACGUAUCACCGAGGAAUAAGGUUGUUGUUUUUUUUUUAAAAAAAGAAGGGAAAUCUACCGGGAUUUAUCUUGUGAAAUGCUCCCUAUGAAAGACUUGAGCCCGAGUGUGAGUGUAGAACCGCGCGCUGGCGCCCGGGGCUCCAUUGCUCCCUCACCGAGCACCUAUAGUUUUUCUACUCUCUUGGAUGGAUUAAAGAAUCUUCGACAAAGAGUUGUACCCGAUGAAAAGACGGAGACAUCUUGGAUAGAGGAGACGUUUCACAAAAGAGAGUGCAUACAGUUCAUAGCUGACCCCAAUAACCCUGGGAGGUGCUGUUGUGGUCGAUCCGCUCUCUGUCAUGAAGAGUACACUACGGAGGAAACACCCUCUAGCGAGCGCUGGUUGCCCGGACUACACACGGCACAAGCGCCGACUGAUGCUUUUGGAUCCAUAGAAUUCCAGGAUACAGGACACCCAAUGAAAGCUCAAUACGUUCGGAUGGCGACGAUUGACACGAAAGCGGAGAGUGUCUCACAGCUGGUACAGAAACACUGGGGACUGGAGCUACCAAAAAUAAUCAUCUCUGUACACGGAGGGAUCGCCAGUUUUGAUCUUCCACCAAAAUUAAAACGCAACUUCCGGAAGGGGGUGGCCAAGUUUGCCAAAACAACUGGCGCGUGGCUAAUGACCAAUGGCAUUCGGGCAGGUUUUACGAGGCAUGUUGGAGCUGCUAUUGGUGAAAGACGAUCCAAGCAGUCCAAAAGGAAAUUGGUCACCUUUGGGUUUGCGCCUUGGGGCGUUGUGGCAAACAAAGAACAGCUCGUGGGAAGAAACAAAACUUGUCAAUACCAUCACGUGACUGAAUCCUAUGGCCAUUUACCACUUGACAGCAGACAUUCCUACUUCCUGUUAGCAGAUAACGGGACGGUUGGAGAAUUCGGAGCGGAGGUUAUCUUUCGUAGAAGGAUUGAGCGAUACUUUCAUCAACAAAAAAUAACAAGAGGAAUCAACGUUCCCUUGGUAUGUGUGGUUUUGGAGGGCGGAUUGAAUACAAUUAGGGCGGUGUUAGAAUACGUCACAGACACACCCCCAGUUCCUGUGAUUGUUUGUGCCGAAAGUGGGCGUGCAGCGGACCUAAUCUCAUUUGCAUAUCGAAACAUGAUGAAAGAUGGGAAACUUUCUGAGAAUCAACAGCUUGUUCUGAUGGACACGAUUCAGGACACGUUCACAUGCACUGAGCAGCAAGCCAAAGAGAUCUACCUCGAAAUACUCAUGUGUGUACAGAGACGAAAUCAGAUCACCAUUGUAAAUCUUGAUGAUGAAAGCCAAGAAUUAGAUCUCACCAUUUUGAUUGCUUUGCUGAAAGGAACCUGCAGUAGUGUUUCUGAGCAACUGCGCCUUGCUCUAAUGUGGGACAGAGUUGACAUUGCCCAGGAUUACAUCUUAGAUGGAGAUAAAGCUAGAACGGAAGAAUCCUUAAUCCCAGUCCUGAUGGAAGCGUUAAUCAACGACAAAGUAGAUUUUGUUAAACUUUUGCUGGAGAAUGGUGUCUGCAUGCAUUCCUUUCUGACAGUCAACAGACUCGAAGAGCUAUACAAUAUUCAGACCCAGUGCAAGUUUGACCCAGUCCGUUAUUUCAUGAAGGGUUUACGAAAGAAUAUAUAUCCAAACUACCGAUACACGCUUCUAGAUGUUGGGCUGGUGAUGGACAACCUAAUGGGCGGAGCGUUCAUGUCAAGUUAUUCUAAGAAGGAGUUCCGACAAAAAUACCUCGCUCUCAAGAGAGUGAGUUCGAGCGGAAGUAGAAGAGGCUUGAUAAUGGAAUCGUACUCACGAGGCGACAUGAUUGACGCUGACCUGUUUCGCUAUCCGUAUCACGAUCUCAUGUUAUGGGCAGUGCUAAUGAACAGACAAAAGAUGGCGCUGUUCAUGUGGCAACAGGGAGAGGAAGCCAUGGCUAAGGCUUUAGUUGCCUCUAAACUAUAUAAAGCUAUGGCACACGAGGCAGAUAACAACGUGAUGAAAACCGAUGUGUCGGAUAAGCUUAUGGAGAAUUCGAGCGAAUUCAUGAAGCUAGCACUAGAGUUUCUAAAGCACUGCUACCUGGUCGACGUAGACUACACCCAGCAGCUUCUGACGGACGACCUGAAGAACUUUUCGAACACCACUUGUCUUACUGUAGCCGUGGACAUUAUGCACUAUGAUUUUGUGGCGCACAAUUGCUGUCAGAACCUAAUCAACGAUAUCUGGAUGGGAGGACUACAGACUAGGAAAAACAGCGGAAUUAAGGUCAUUGCUGGUAUUCUAUUUCCACCGUUUCUUACCGUACUGGAUUACAAAUCAAAGAAAGAAUUGAAGCACAUGCCUCAAACGGCAGAAGAACAUCUGGAAGAUACAAUAGAAGAUGACAGCGAUGACAACGAUGAUAAUGAUAAUGAUAUAGACGAUGAUAGCAUUCAGCAGGCACCAUCCGCACAACCGACUCUCCCAACGUCAAACUCUCUACCGAAGUUAAGUGAUGCUUUGAAAACUAACAGAAAGCCUCCAAUGAUCAGAUCAGCGAGCAUGCAUUUUGACAACCAGCGAAAGAUAAGUCGCCAGGAGCUAAGGACAUUGCAGAAAAUGGCGACCAAAAACAGAGAGUGUCACAUGUUUCACUGUCGGAGGACGCCUGUUAAUCUGAGGAAAAUGAUUCACAAGUUUUACACCGCUCCCAUAACCAAGUUCUGGUUUUAUCUGAUUACUUACAUCAUGUUCCUGGUGGCUUACUCCUACACCAUUCUGGGGAAAACUUUACCGAGCCCCGCAUGGCCUGAACUCUUUGUCAUGGUCUAUAUUCUGUCCUUCUCUGCCGAAAAAUGUAGAGAGCUUCUUACGUUAGUCCGUGGUCCUCUGAAAAUGAAACUUCGCGUCUUUGCUAGUUUCUACUGGAACCUGUGGGAUGUAGCGGCCAUCGCGUGGUUCUCUAUCGGCGUAGUCCUCAGAUUUUACCCUCCCACUCUCAGAGCUUCACGUAUCGUGUAUGCCAUGAACAUUGUCUUCUUCAACAUACGAAUUCUGGGAAUUCUGUCUGUAAAUCAAGCCCUCGGAGCCUAUUCAAAGAUUAUUGGGAAAUUGCUAAAACACAUGUCAUACUUCUCAAUCAUCAUGUUCAUUGUGGUAGCAUGUUUUGGAGUCGUCAGGCAAGCGGUGCACUUUCAGAACGAGGAGUGGUCGUGGUUCAUGGUUCGAUCCGUCUUCUUUUACCCAUACUGGAUGAUCUACGGCGAAAUUUUCAAAGAAGAAAUUGACACCUGCUUUGACACUGAUAACCAUCCUGGAGGAUGUACCUACGCCUCCUGGGUAGCACCUCUCGCUAUGUUCCUCUUUCUGUUGGUUAGCUUCGUCCUCCUCGUCAAUCUUCUCAUAGCAAGGUUCAAUGCUACGUGUAUAAAGUUCAUUCCUCGUGUUCGGGAGGUGUGGAAGUACCAGAGAUACACGUUAAUCCUUAAGUACAAACUGUGUUCACUGUUACCGCCACCACUCACCGUGUUCAGCCUCAUAUACCAAGGCAUCAAGUGCCUCGUCUGGAAAUGUCAGGGGAAGGAAAACUUGUGUGACAAUGGACUAAAAGUCUUCUUGACCGAGCAUGAGAAGGAAAAACUGCACGACUUUGAAACAGAAUGUCUAGAGGAUUAUCUGACACGCAGGGAACACAAAGUACAGACUUCCGCGAACAAGCGUGUGUCCGUUAUCUAUGAUAAGGUUGACCAGCUAUCGACACAGCUGGAUGGUGUGUCCUUACAAGAGAAAUCCCUCAGACACUCUCUACAGACAGCAGAUCACGAGAUCAGUAAACUGGAAGAAAUAUUCUACAAAAAUAAUGAAGUGAUGACAUUGCUGGGCGAUAUAUUCCCAGACUUUCACGCAUAUGCGCAAACUGAAAACAGAAAGAAUCAUUCCAGACAAUGAGAAAACCCACAUCUAAUGAUAUACAUAGAGAGUUUUGAAGGAUUUGCAAGCAGGUUCAUAACGAUGUAGUAAAUGAAUUAUUGUUUUUGUUUCUGAAAGCUUAAAUACGCGAUUAUUACAUUGGUUGUCCAAUGUAUAUGAUAUAACGUACAUGUAACGUAAUUUAUUGUUAUGAGAUUGAUAACUGUUCGUUAUCUUCAUCUUUAUAAUAGUUAUGAGAUUGAUCACUGUUCGUUAUCUUCACCUUUCGUUGUAUAGCUGAAGAAUUGGAGAGAAACGGUACAUGUACAAUUGAUUCUGUGAAAUAAACUUUAUCUAGAGGA